GCUCAGCUCUUGAUGACUUAAGGCUUUGUGAUGGAGUGUGUCUGUGUCGCUGUUCUUAAGGUGUGUGUAGAAUUUUAAAGCUCUUUUUUGUAUUUUAAUGAUUAGAGGAUACAGUCCUAAUUCUGCUCUGCAGGCGUUGUUUGGAGUUUUUCUCUGUACCCGUAGAAUGUUUUUACACAUUUCUGUUUGCAGAAUCUCUAUUGGGUGUUUGUCCCAUCUGGUGAACUCUUGGUUGGCGAGAGGACCCCAAACCUCACUUCCAUACAGCGCGAUUGGUUCUCUCUCACUCUCUCUCUCACUCUCUCUCACACUGCCUCUCUCUCUCUCUCUCACUCUCUCUCUCUAACCCUCUCUCUCUCUAACCCUCUCUCGCUUUCUCUCUCUCUCUCUCUCUCUCUCUCCCUCUCUCUCUCUCACACACACACACACACACACACACACACACACACGGUAUAGACCGCGCGCGCGUCUUCAGGAUGGUGUGUGUUUAUUCUCUAUGUGUUUGUGUGUUGAUGUUGUCGGUUGUGUGCCUGUCCAGCGCUGAUGAAGAUGACGGUCCGGUUUCAACCCCCGCGCGCUCCGAAUGUAAGCCGGUGCCCAACACGAUGCACUUGUGCUCCGGUAUCGGUUACCGGGAGAUGCGGCUGCCGAACCUGCUGGGUCACGAGAGCCCGAGAGAAGCGCAACAACAGUCCGCCGCGUGGACGCCGCUGCUCGGGAAACACUGUCACCCGGACGCGCGCAGGUUCCUAUGCGCGCUCUUCGCGCCCGUGUGUUUACCGGAGCUCGCGGUACCAGUUCGCCCAUGUCGGAGUCUGUGCGAGGCCGUGCGCGACGCGUGUCUGCCCGUCAUGAGCGCGUUCGGCUUCCCGUGGCCGGAGAUGUUCAACUGCAGCCGCUUUCCUGAUGGAUCAGACCUGUGUGUCCCGGGAGAGAGAGAGCCGAACCGAGCCGUGAACACCGACACACCCAAAGGUUCUGUCAUGUGUGAGGUGUGCAGUCAGGAGUCAGAGGCCGAGACGGAGAUCCAGAAGAACUUCUGUUCCUCUCAGUUUGCGUUCAGACUGCGGAUCGGUUCUUUCUCUCCAGACGGGCCAGAUGUGCGUGUGGUACCUCAGGGUCGGAGUCGUGUGCUGCGCUGGGAGACGGGACCGCAGGAGGAGAAGGCAGCAAUGGAACAGAGCGCUCUCUGGCUGCUGGAGGGCAGUAGCUGCUCGUGUCGGGCGCUGGAGGGACGGCUGACGGGCUCCUACAUUGCCCUGGGUGACAUGCAGAACGGCCGCAUGCUCCUCAAACGACUGGUCAGAUGGUCUCGUGAGGAGAAAGAGCUGAAGAAGUUCAUCAGGACGCUCCUGAGACAGGACUGCUGAGGUCUCGACCUCUGGACAGAGAGACGGACCAAUCGGAGCAAACCACGACGAUUUUUGUAAUAUCUUUGUAAUAUUCAAACGAAUCGUCAGAAAACUCACACAAUAGUGAAGAACUGAACUGAAUCUGAAACUUUUCAAUAUUUUUAUAUUUGUAUUUUUUCUAUAAAAAUGUAAAUCGUUUUGAAGGCGAAUGCUUUGAAUUUUUUUUCAAUAAAGAAUUUUGUCACAAA